AGCGCAGCGCAGGUGGCGCGACAGUUGGGAAGGUCCCCUCCGUGGGUGUCUGCGCGAAGAUGGCGGCGGGGGAGGUGAAGUCGGUGCUGUUCGUGUGCCUGGGAAACAUUUGUCGCUCUCCAAUAGCUGAAGCAGUUUUUAGAAAACUUGUAACUGAUGAAAAAGUUGAAAAUAAGUGGAGGAUAGACAGUGCAGCAACAUCUACCUAUGAAAUAGGAAGCCCUCCUGACUAUCGAGGACAGAGUUGCAUGAAGAAGCAUGGCAUUACCAUGAAUCAUAUUGCCAGGCAGGUUACUAAAGAUGAUUUCCAGACCUUUGAUUAUAUACUUUGUAUGGAUGAGAGCAAUCUAAGAGAUCUGAAAAGGAAAAGCAACCAAGUUAAAGACUGCAAGGCCAAAAUUGAGCUGCUUGGAACUUAUGAUCCACAGAAACAACUUAUCAUUGAAGAUCCAUACUACGGGAGUGAAAAGGACUUUGAAACUGUUUACGAGCAGUGUGUUAGAUGCUGUAAAGCGUUUUUGGAGAAGUCUCAUUAAUGCUUCGUCAUUUUAUUUCUGAAAGAAAAUAAUUAGCUUCUCCUGAAAUAUGUAAGGUUUACUUGAUUGAUGUAUUUAAAUUGUAAAAUUAUGCCUCACUACGUUCAAAACUGUUUCAGUAUCAUUUUAUAUUUUAGGUUUUCUGUCAUUAAUUUAAAAGCAUAGAAAAGUUUUAAUUGGAUUAGAUGAUCAACCAUUUUAUCACACAUCAAUGUGGUACUAGAAAAUAUAAUUCAGAAUAAAUUUAUCUGUAAACUCUUCCAGUGCUUUCUCACAAGCACUGCAAAGGUAACAUCUUGCUUCUUUAUCUGCUAUACUAACUAAACUGAGGUCUUCUCAUUGUGCCAUUAGUGAGUUAAUUUAAAUGAGCUUUCAGUGGGAGUCUGUGAGAUAAUAGUUCAUGUUUGAUAAUGUAGGUGUGUCAUCCUAGUGUUGUUAGACAGCCUUUGGACUGAUGCUGUUUUGUAUUGAGCCUGCUAGACUAAAAGAACUGCCUGCCCCCAGACAGACACUGCUCUUAGCACUAUUUCAAAGCUUAAGCAACCAAAACCUCUGUGUGUGUCACCAGGAUCCUCUGAAAAUGGGUUUUUGUAUCAGUUUAAGUGCUCAGUUAUUUAAAGAAAAAGUAAUAUUUGUUCUAGUACAUUUUUCUACUAAUUAAGAAGAACACAGUUCAGAAAUAGUGAUUGAUGUUAAUAGGCCUUCUCCAGCUAGUCUUCCUUUGAUCUUUUGGUCAAUUCCUAGUGCACUGAUACAAGUACAUGUAACAUAGUAUUUACUUUAAGGACAGAAUAAGUCAGCUUAAAAGCCUAAAUGUGAAAUGUACAGCAUGUAUCUCAUAGUAGUAAAAUACUCAAAUAUAUGCAAUAUAUUCAGUGAGAUUUGCUGUAAUCUCAGUUCCUAUGUGGGUGUCAGACAGUAUUUUCAGAUUUACUCAGGAGAAUUGAUAGCCUGUCAGAAGUGUUCUCUGAGAGCAUAGCUCAGCCCGAAGACAGUCCAUCUGUAAUGUAAUGUAAAGUUAACAGAAGGCCAGUAAGUAGAAAGUUCUGCUUUUGGACAAAAAUUGAAUGCUUUGUAAAAAUCCAUGUCUGUCUGUCUGAACAUCACCUUUCAUUUCUGCCUAGAAAUGCAAAUGUACUGAGAUCAGUAAGAUCAGUAAUGUAACUGAUAUCAGGAGAAUUUUCCUAUUUUCAAUAAUGACAGCAUUGGUAUGAACUCACAUUACCACAUUGUCUGUAAAACUGGAUCUAUAAAACUUGCUUUCUUACUUACGCAGCCGUGUUUUUGCCUCUGUCUGCCUUCCCAACUGCUAGAGUAGCCUCUGUAUUUGUCACCCACUUUCCCCUCUGAGAGAGGGGUGCAUUUUGAUAGAGGUGCCUGUUAUUCCUGAGGAGGAAGGAAUCCUGUUGUCACUCUGCCUGUGCAGCAGCCUGCACAAUGGGGGUGAUCCAACGUGGGACUCUUGCUGUAGAACAGCUGUGUUUGUAUUAGUGAGGUUUCUGUUUUGUGCUAAAAUUUCCAUCAGACAUAAAACUUAAGAACCUGCUUACAGAAAGGCAAGUGGUAGAAGGAACACUUAAAUACAGAAACCUGGAUCUUUGUGCAUUUUUGCAUUACCAGUAUUUUUGACUUUCAAAGAACAAGCUAGGAAUUCGCAAGUUAAUAGAUGUUUCACUUCAGGGACAAAGAAUAAUACAUAUAGGUAAUAUUUCAGGUGAGAUCAAGCACCGACUCUGGAAUAAAUUAUUUUCCAUUUCUUUUAUGAAUGCUUUGACAAAGUACAUGAGGGAGAACGAUGAGCAGCUAGGGACAAACCAUCUUAAAUGUGGUUUUAUGCACUGACCUCAGAAGUGGAAGUAUUUAGAUGUAAUCUAAUGUUAUUCUCUGCCAGAAGGACCAUUUAAAAUACUCCAGUGAAAAUGAAAUAAUUCAAAAGAUUGAGAACAUGAUGGUUUGUGCUUUCCCAUUCAUGGCUGAGUAGGACCACAAGUAGGAUGGAAUUGAACCUAUAGUUUCCUACAUAUUAAAGUUAAGAUUUAGAAGUCUUAAAUCUUUGAGCUGCUGGGGUAACGGAAGGGAAAUAAAAAGGCAUGAUUGUUUACCUUCACUAGGCUUAGGAAUCUUCCUACAAAGUGACAUGAAGUCAAAAUUGUUCGGCCUUAAGGUAUAUUUUCAGCAAGUAAUCUAUUGGCUAAAUCAUUCACCAGUUCUACUAGGAAGAAGCCGAUUGAUUGAUUUUAUCCUUAGUGGGUUCCUUUUGGAGAAGGGGAAGGAGAGCACCAUGGUAAUUUACACCACUUGUAGAAUACAAGAAUACAGAGCAGGAUUGCCUUCAGGAGGGACGGUUGCACAGUACUAUUAUUUGGGUUCCAAGAGAAGCAGUGGACAUCGGGUUAAUACACAAGUCUUGUAUCAUCCAGAUGCCUAAGCUCUUACAGGUUUAAAAUGCUCCUCAUGAAAAAUGUAAUGUUGAAUGAAAAACUACAGAACUGACUGCUCCUUCCCCCUCUCCUCCCCCACGGCUUGUUUUACUUCAGGUAGUAAGGUUAUAUCCAAGACUAAAUACAAAAAAGUCUGCUGUAGUAUAGUUGUAUCUCCUGUCAAAGCAUGCUGACCUCUGCUAAAUGCAGAGAAGACUUCCAUGGGAUUGAUUUAUUUAUAUUAAUUUAUUAAAUCAUUAAAUAAAUUACUUUUUUCCUUUUACAAGGAGAUUUUCUAGAAGAAUUUUAUUUAACUGGAUUUCAGGUGUCGUACAACAGAAAGAAAGAUGUGUACUAAUUUAAACUCUCAUGUUCAGUCAUAUGCUGUGAUCUGACCUCAGUCUGUGGAACCAUGGAGAAGCAGAGUUCCACCCAUCCACGUUUACUGCAGGUGAGCAGCCAAGUGAAUCCUGUAGGAGUAGAUUCCUUUAACUACCAGUUUUCCAGUAUGCAUGGGUUACUCCCAUUGAGUAAUGAAACUUCAGCAUUUAGUGAGCACUGAAACCAAAUAGCAAAUAUGUACCUCUCCUUUCCUAAAUACAGCCAAGUUCUAGGCUGGGAUAUUGUACUUCUGCCUUUUUUUGCUUCUGAAGAGCUAGAUGCUAAAGCCUCUGAAGUGUGCAUUUCAAGAAUCACAGCUCCUAGCUGUUUCUCAGGGGGGAGAGGCAUGUGUUUGGUUCUGUUUCUACAUUUUGUGGUUUGAAUUGAGGGUAAAUGGAAGCUAAAUGUCAGUAUUAAGAUAAAAGUACCUGAGGUUCAUCUACAGUUCACAGAUAAAAUUUUUCUUCCUGUUUAAACUAUUUUAUUAUGACAACUGGAUUUAAUAUCUGAUUUAAGGAAGAAAGGGAAAUGGGUAUUAAGGCUUCUUGAGUUCACUGACUCCUUAAAAAUGUUACGACACUGAAAUGAUUUAUUGGACAUUUACUGGUUGUAUCACCUGGCAAUAGCAUGAAUAGGCUACAGAUUUUUUACUUUUUUUUUUAACAUGUAAACAAAACCCCAAAACAAUCAUUGGUCAUAAAAAAGAUUAUGAGCCUGUAGAGAACUGGAGCACCCUUGUGGUCUGGGCAUUUUGCAGGACUGGAACACACAGCUUGGUCUGUCCUCACAAAUCCAUGGAGAGUGUUCACACGACCAGACUCCUCUGAGGUGGGUGCACCUUUCUUUGUCACUCUAGUGAAACUAUCCACACUCAAAUCUCUUACGGAAAGAGGUCUGAGUGUGGAUAAAUUGUAGCAGCUACAAGAAGAUAGCUUGUUUAUCUGGAUUGAGUGAACAGAAAGCAAACCGAGAACAACUUAAUACCAAACACUUUAUUACUUACGCUUGUUAUUUACAGUAUUUACAUAUUGCACGUUCGCUGGAAUGUUUUAUACAUUUAUUAUAUAAAGUAAAUUAAUGGCAGCUUGUGUUUGUGUACAAAAUCCAUGCUCCACUGUCCCAAAAAAUAUGUCUGCUUGGAAUCACGUUCUGUUUGUCAUGCAAUUUGUACUCCUAGGGUACAAUGUGACCCCAAUGCAAGUCUGUUUUAACCAAACUUUUAAAAAAUUGCAUAAGCAUGAAGGAUAUCAAGUGACCACAACUACUGUGGAGCAGAUCUUUAGUAGUUCUAGAUAUACAAACAAACAUUCCUUGAAAUUGUAGAAUUAAGCAAUAGAACAUCAGUUUUCUUGGUGAAAUAUUUGUGUUUACAUAAUUUUUGGCAGCAUUACACAUCAGUUGUAAAGUGUGUUCUGUAAAGAAUGGAGCAUUAAGUACUACUGGCAGUUACACUACUGUAAAGAAUGUCAAACUGCACACUGUUGAUGACAUACAAAACACAUGUUAAAAGAAUUAUGGGAAGUAGUCUGUCAAUCUGCAAAAAUAAAUCUCUUGUUCACAAUGGAA